GAGUGCGAUGUGCGCUUCCGAUUCCGGUGCGUCUUCCUCUUCUCCUCCUCCUCCCUCUUCGUAAGACCGGAGGACCAUUUGAUUCAAUGUUCCUAGUCUUCCCAGUCCUCCUCUAUAUAUUACUACUCGUCCCAGACCAUUCCCCUCGCACGCUCAAGCAUUAUCAUCCACUCUUCUCUUCUCGCCUCGUCUCUUCUUCUGCUCGGGUGCCGCGGUGGCUACCUGCUGGUUGGAUCGGCUUGAGACAGCAAGCGAAAAGAGCAACCGAUCGAUGGACCCAUGGAUCAGCAGCCAGCCUUCCCUGAGCCUCGACCUGCACGUCGGCCUGCCGCCGCUCAGCCACCACCGAGCGCCGGCGGUGGCCGCCUGGGCCAAGCCCAAGAUGCUCGUCGAGGAGAACUUCCUGCCUCUCAAGAAAGACCCAGAGGUCGCGGCUCUUGAGACGGAGCUGCAGCGGAUGAGCGAGGAGAACCGGCACCUGAGCGAGGCGCUGACGGCGGUGGUGGCCAAGUACGAGGCGCUGCAGGGCCAGUACACCGAGAUGGCCACCGCGGCCGCCAACAACGGCGGGAACCCGUCGUCCACGUCGGAGGGUGGCUCCGUGUCGCCGUCGAGGAAGCGCAAGAGCGAGAGCCUCGACACCGCCCAUGCGCCGCACCUGCACCUCCGGCACCAGGCGGCCCCCGGCGGCCUCGCGGCGGACCAGAUGGAGUGCACCUCCGGCGAGCCGUGCAAGCGCAUCCGGGAGGAGUGCAAGCCCAAGGUCUCCAAGCUCUACGUCCACGCCGACCCCUCCGACCUCAGCUUGGUGGUGAAGGACGGGUACCAGUGGAGGAAGUACGGGCAGAAGGUCACCAAGGACAACCCCUGCCCGAGAGCCUACUUCAGAUGCUCGUUCGCCCCAGCCUGCCCGGUCAAGAAGAAGGUGCAGAGAAGCGCCGAUGACAACACCAUACUCGUGGCCACGUACGAGGGCGAGCACAACCACGGGCAGCCCCCGCCGGCGCAGCCGCAGCAGCAGCACGACGGCUCGGGCGCCAGCAAGAACGCCGCGAAGCCGCCGUCGCCGCAGGCGCCAGCUGCCCCGGCACCUCACCAGCCGCACCGCCAGCAGCAACAACAGCAGGACGUUCUAGCCGGCGAGCCCGUGGCGGCGGCCGCCGCGGCGUCGGAGAUGAUCAGGCGGAACCUGGCGGAGCAGAUGGCGAUGACGCUGACGAGGGACCCCAGCUUCAAGGCGGCGCUCGUCACCGCGCUCUCCGGCCGGAUCCUCGAGCUCUCGCCGACCAAGGAUUAACACGCAGCGGCAGCAUCGCCGGAGAUGUUGGUGGAUUUCUUAUUUUUUUCCUGCUUCUUGCAAACAAAGGUGAAUCGGCCAUUAGAGUUGCUGCCUGCCUGAUUAUCUGUUCUUGCAAAUGACAAUAAGAAUUGCAAGAACACGAUCAUCAAGGGGGUCAUCCAGUUAAACUUCUGGAACGUUGUAUAUAGCUUAGAUUUACAUGAGGAUUUUGCUUCAAAAAAGAAAGAUUUACAUGAGGAUUUACACGAGCGAUGAAGGAUCAAACCAACGGUGCUUCCUGGGGGGAUAUCAAGAGACUGGAGGUGACCAUUUUUGGUGUGGAUCUUAGAUGAUCAUGAUGGGUUAAUUGUUGAUCACUCGGGUGGUCAACCGAUGAUCGGGUGUAGCAACAGGAGUUUGCAAGUCGUAACUUGUAGCAUGCAAAUACAAGGAAGAUAGAACGGGAAGUGUACAAUCCUUGUACAAGUUGGAGAACUGUUUCGUCCAUUUGAUAUUGAAUGAAAUCAAGUAACUUAGACUUA